AUGGGCAGCUUGAAGAGUCUUAUCACCAGAGGUUCUGUCCUAUUUUUAACCGGAGUUUUCUUUGCCUUAGUGCUCAACCUGCUUCAGGUUCAGAGACAGGUAACCGUCUUUCCCCCAGAAGUUCUGGCCAGUUUGUUCUCCUCCGCCUGGUGGAUACCUCCAAGUUGUGGCACUGCUGCAGCUGCUAUUGGGUUAUUGUAUCCAUGUCUAGACAAGAGAGUUGGACGUCUUCCAGAUAAGGCGGAGUGGAGCAAUGUAAUGAGAUGCAUAGUCGUCUUUGUUGGAAUCAAUCAUGCUAGUGCUAAAAUUGAUUUUGCCAAUCACAUCCAACUAUCAACAAGCCUGGCAGCAAUGUCUAUUGGGUUAUGGUGGCUAUUUGAUAGAUCCAAGUCAGGCUUCGGACUUGGUCUCAGUGUUGCCUUUAUUGCCACAUUUAUUUCUCAAGUUCUAGUCUACAACGAAGUGUACAGAUAUACAGAACCAGAUUUCCUCUUUGUUCGGUCAUGGCUGCCAUGUAUUUUCUUCGCAGGCGGAAUCACGAUGGGGAAUAUUGGCAGACAACUUGCAGUUUAUGAUAGUGAUUCAUCGAAUGAAAGACUUAAGGAUGACUAA